AUGAAGCUUGGCAAAGAUCCCUCCACGGCAGUCAAGCUGGAAGAUGACAUAUGGGGUUUAGGCGACGAUGCCUAUGGCGCCGUUUUUGAUGUCUAUCACCAGCUCCACUGUCUCAACAGUCUACGCAAGAUUGCAUAUGGCAACUACUACAAUGCCUCACAAGGCCGUGCGGAAACAUUGAAACUGCGAGAGAUGCACAUCAAUCACUGCGCAGAUAUCCUGUUCCAGGCAAUCCAAUGUAGCGGCAACGUCAAUCUCAUGACCCUGCACUGGAUGGAGACUCAGGAUAACCCCUGGCCCGACAUGAGCAUCAACCGAAAAUGUAUCAAUUUUGACCAUUUGACAGAAUUCAGAAAGCAGGUGUCUUUGGACAUGGAUAAGUACAAGAAAGUCAUGUCUAAGCCUAAAGGCGUCACUCAGUUGCCAGCGCCGGAUCAGUAUUACGACUUGUUUACUUCAGUGCACGAAGGUUAG